CCACUGUGACCCCAUUGCUGCCCACCCUGUUCCUCUCCCAUGGCCGCCUUCGCUCAGUUUUUCUCUCUUAGUUGUGGUCUCUUUGGAGACGAAAUUUCUGUCUGCUCUAACUUCCAUGUCCUGAUCCGGGCGGCUGCUUUCCCUUCACCUCCAUGUCUCCUCUCUCCACCUCUUUGAUUUUUUUCAAAUUCUCUCCCCCUCUCCGUCUCUCUCCCCGCCUGGCUGGACCCCUGGGGGUCUCUCUGAUUGCUCCCCCCCUCCCAUCAUUUUUCACUAGGCCCCGCACUGAGAAUCGGCAGCGCAGGGGCUGGGGCUGGAGGUCUCCGUUCCGAGGCCUCUGACUCGGGCAGCCGCAGCCUGUGUCUCUGGCCUCUUGCCCCUGAGUGGGGCUGGUGGAACCCAAAAGCGCAAGGCUGCCCCCAGCUGCGCUGGUGGAUGGAAGAGAGGAACUGAGGCAGAGACUAGCAUGGAGAGGUCCAGAGAGAGAGGCAGAACCAGAGACAGAGAGACAGAGGGAGGCCCAAAGGGAGGUCCGGAGGCAGGGAGACAGGGAGACAGAGAAACUGAGUCACAGGCAGAGACACAGAGAUGGAGACAGAGGGAUGGUGACAGGGAGAAAGCAUGAAAUAGAGAAACAGGGGGACACAAAGAUGGAGACAGAGACAGAGAUGCUAAGAGAGGCACAGAGACACAAAGAGGCUGAGAGACACAGAACCAGAGAGAGAGAAAUGGCAACAGACACAUGGAUGCAGAGAGUCUGAGAUACUGAGAGACAGACCUGGAAGAGACAGAGGUCGAGAAACAGGGGAGAGGACAGGAGAGACAGGGAAAGGCAGAAACAGAGUCUUCCAGAGCAGGAGAGACUGAGGGAGGAGCCCGAGGUAAGGCCCGAGAACCCGAGGGAGGAGGAGAGGUGCAGAGAGACCCAUGCCUGGCCACAGGGGUGGCAGGUAGCAGGGGGGGGUCCCCCGGCUGCAGCUUCAAGAGUGCCCGGCGGCAGCAUUUGCUCCCAACGGGCACGUGCAUGGUGUCUGGGUGUGCGCGGGUGUGUCUCCAACACUCUCCCCACUCUCCCGCCACGUCUUACCCAGAGUGGGAAUCACACAUGUGCCAUGGAGCAGGCGGAGCAUCAGCACAAGUGGUGUUUUUGUCACUGGGCGUGUCUGUGUGUGCAGUUUGGUGUCUCCAGGUGUGUCUGCGUGGGUUGUGUUGGUGCGUUGACAGUCAUGUCUGUGCGUGAGUGUCUCGUUUCCCUGUGGCUGGCGGGUCCAUGUUCCUGCAUGACAGAUGACACGCAAGGGAGAAGGGUUGUGUCUGUGAGUUCCCUCUAGAGUGGGACCCACGGGGCCACCGGCUGUGUCUCGGAGGUCAAUGUGUGCGAGGUGUUUUGUGUUACCAGGCCGGUGUCUCCCCAGGGUUUGGAUCUGUUUCCCGACGUACGGGACACUGUAUGUGCUGCUGCAUGCAGUGACAUUCCACGUUGCAUGUCACUCUGGGAGUCGCGGUGCAUCACCCUGCAUUGCAUUUGCUGUUCUGUAUGUUACUGUGUCGUGUCUCUGUAUGUGCAUUGUGCGUGCAAAGGCGAGCUGUCAUUCAGAGAUGUGACCCUGUCUGUGUGUGACACCCAGGGGUGUGUCCACUUGGGGGGGGCUCUCCUUUCCCUGCCGAGAACACAGCCUGGGUGCCCACACUCAAGAGCAUGCUGUGUUUGUGUGGCUGUGUAUUACACCGCACUGGAGGGUGUUCCCCUGGGGUUGUGUGUGGUGUUGUUGCAGGCCUAGGUGUUGGCUGUGUCAGUGGGUCACACCUGAUGUUUUAUGUAAUCCGUGGUGUUCAGAAAAGGUUGUGUUGGGAAAAACUGUGGCAGUGUGUUUUCUGUCAUUCUGUGUUUGUGCAUUACUCUGCAUAUGUUGUGUUUGUGUGUUGGAGUAGAUGGUGUGCCGGGCCGUGGGUGGGUGUGGUUCGGAUGUGAUUUGUCAGUCAGAGAUGUUAUAUUUGGGCAUCAGGGUCCAUGUAGCUUGAGCCCCUCCUCAACCCCUGGGGUACCAUUCUGGGUCGUGUCCCUGGGAUGCACCAAAAUAUAUCAGAAUGUCUUACUUUGUGCUGUUUGGGUUUCUGUAUGUGUCGCUGUGCAUUGUGGGUCUCUACACGUGUCCGUUCACACUGUUCCGACCAUAUGUUUGAAUGGCUCUGGGUGCUGGGGCGUGUUGUAUGUCAUGGUGAGUCUAUAUGUGCUGCGAAUCGUUCUCCGAGCAUAUAUACUUGACUUGCCAUGUGCCACAAUGUGUCUCCGCGUGCAUUUCUCUAUGUGCUGGGUGCUUGAGGGCUGCCAUGGUAUGUCCCCAAACGUUGUGUGUCUGCACAUGUCGGCUACCAUUCCACGGGUGUAUCACGUUUGGGACGCUGUUGGCGCCUGGUCCACACAGGUAUGUUGAGUGUGGCAUGUGGACGUCACUAAGUAGAAUGUUGUGUGUCCGCGGAACCAUUGGGAUGUGUUGUGCUAACGUAGCAAUAGAGUCUGGGGGUGGCUGUUUGUGCAAGAGGACGUUGUACCAGUUACAAUUGCAGUUUUUGCACCUGUAUGUGGACAGUUUGAGUGGUCAUGGGCGCCACGGGGCACUGCCUGCCCUGCUGAGUGCCGGCGUGUGUCACACUGUCUGUGUGGUGUCUGGGUGUGGCUGUGGGUUGCAGAGCUCAUCGGGAGUUGUGAGUCACUCACUGUAGGUUGUGUUGUGUGCCCCAUGUGUGUUCGGUUCCGUCUCCGGCCGUGCUGUGUGUGAGGGUUUAUCCCCCCCGGUGUCUUGUGGUGUCUGGGUGUGGCUGAGUUUAGGUGUGUGUUACAAAGCUCAGACCGUUGUGUGUGACGCAAUCUAUUGUGAGCCAGUAUGUGUCUUUAUCCACGUGGAUGCACGCCUCUUCCUUGCUCUGCCCCAAGUCACACCCCAGUCCCUCCUUAGGCUGAGAAGGGAGGUUGGGGAGCCUCCCCUCUGCCCAAGGGCCACGCCAGCUCCUCCCUGCCCUGCCCAGCUGUCACCACCCCCAGAGGGCACAGACUCCUCUGUGCCUCAAAGCAAGAGCCCCAGAGUGAGGAGCAGAGCAGGCCUAGGACCUGCAAGCCACAGUGGCUGCCCUUUGUGUGCUGCGAGGUGGGGGACCCUGGGCAGGAAGCUGGCUGAGCCCCAAGACCGCAGGGGCCAUGGGCGGGGAGCUGGUGCCAGGCCUGGGGGCCCUACAGAGGCGCAAGCGGCUGCUGGAGCAGGAGAAGUGGCUGGCUGGCUGGGCCCUAGCGCUGGCGGGAAUUGGCAUCGGACUCAUGGUACUACAUGCGGAGAUGCUCUGGUUCGGAGGGUGCCCGUUGUUCAUGACCGACAACGGGCUCCGGGACUGGCGCGUGGCGCUGACUGGGCGGCAGGCGGCGCAGAUCGUGCUGGAGCUGGCCGUGUGCGGGCUGCACCCAGCGCCGGUGCGUGGUCCGCCGUGCGCCCAGGGUUUGGGGUCCCGGCCCAUGGCGACGCAGUCCUGGCCGGGCUUCCUGGAUGAGGGCGAGGCGCUGCUGUCGUUGGCCAUGCUGCUGCGCCUCUACCUGGUGCCCCGCGCCGUCCUCCUGCGCAGCGGCGUCUUGCUCAACGCGUCCUACCGCAGCAUCGGCGCCCUCAACCAGGUCCGCUUCCGCCACUGGUUCGUGGCCAAGCUGUACAUGAACACGCACCCCGGCCGCCUGCUGCUCUGCCUCACGCUUGGCCUCUGGCUCACCACCGCCUGGGUGCUGUCGGUGGCCGAGAGGCAGGCCGUUAAUGCCACCGGACACCUUUCAGACACACUGUGGCUGAUCCCUAUCACAUUCCUGACGAUUGGCUAUGGGGAUGUGGUGCCAGGCACCAUGUGGGGCAAGAUUGUUUGUCUCUGCACUGGAGUCAUGGGGGUCUGCUGCACAGCCCUGCUGGUGGCCGUGGUGGCCCGGAAGCUGGAGUUUAAUAAGGCAGAGAAGCACGUGCACAACUUCAUGAUGGACAUCCAGUACACCAAAGAGAUGAAGGAAUCAGCUGCCCGAGUGCUGCAAGAGGCCUGGAUGUUUUACAAACACACACGCAGGAAGGACCGUGGGGCCGCCCGCAAGCACCAGCGCAGGCUGCUGGCCGCCAUCAACAGGUUCCGCCAGGUGCGGCUGAAACACAGAAAGCUCCGGGAACAAGUGAACUCCAUGGUGGACAUCUCCAAGAUGCACAUGAUCCUGUGUGACUUGCAGCUGGGUCUGAGCAGCUCACAUCAGGCCCUGGAGAAGCGGAUGGAUGCACUGGCAGGGAAGCUGGACACCCUGACUGAGCUGCUUAGCACUGCCCUGGGGUCGAGGCAGCUUCCAGAACCAAGCCAGGAGGCCACGUAGCUGGACCCAUGGAGGAAGAACCAAGCCACUUUCCCCAGGACUGAGGUGGAGGACGUUGUCCCUGCUACUCCUGACCCAGCCCUAUGAAUAAAGCACCUCAAGUGCAAGGACCAAAGGGGUCCCACCUUAGGGGGGGCUCACUCACUGAUGGCUGCUGGAGGGGACACUGGCUCAAGGAGAAAGGCUGUGGCCACACACACACACCCAAACCUCUGCCCCAAAUGGGAAAAUGGUCACUACUACCCCAUAUACCCUGGACAAAACAUCCUUACUAUGCUGCUAUGCAUGACCUCCAGCUUUCAGUUAGAAGUGGAGGUGCCUGGGGGCUGACACUCCUGGGUCCCAGAGUCCAGGAUCCUGGGGUGCCUUAGUUACCACUGGAUAGCGGAGCUAAAGGAACCAGGCCUGAGGCUGAGAGGUGGCAGGAGGGAGCGCCCCCUGGCGGGAGAGCAAAGAGGACACAGUUUUCCAGAGCUGCAGAGACUAUCUGGUGGGGAGAAGGUGGGGUGGGGGGGAGCACAGCUCACCAGUCUCUGCUCUUAACUUUGUAAUAAAUGUUCAACAAAGCCA